UUUUCACACAAAAAUGUUUUGGUUUGGGCUAACGAAGACUUCGUCUAUAAGCAACACACAGAAACCAAACCCUUCCCACGCGCUUCAUCUUCAACCCUUCUUCACACUCUCCUGUUCUGAAACAACAUUCAUAUAUAAUCUAAACCCAUUAAAAAUUCCAUUAAAUCAUUUCAAUUAACCCAUUUCGCCAUGGGAAGGAAGCUGGAUGCUCUUCUUGGUAGGAAUUUCAGAGCCUCCAAAUUCCGCCCCCUUCUCAAUCUUGCUCUCUCUCGCCUUUCAAUUCUCACCGCCCAACGCCGUGUCAGAUGCUCUCAGGCCAAUUCCGACGUCCUCCAACUCCUUCAACUCCCCAACCACCACCGCGCUCUCCUCCGUGUUGAGAAAGUUAUUAAGGAUCAGAAUGCUCUGGAUGCCUAUGUUUUGAUUGAAGGGUAUCUCAAUCUUUUGCUUGAAAGAACCACCCUCCUCGAGCAACAAAGCGAGUGCCCUGAGGAAUUGAAAGAGGCAGUUGCAGGGUUGCUAUUUGCUGCUUCCAGAUGUGGGGAUUUCCCUGAACUUCAUGAGAUCAAAUCAGUUCUGACCACUCGUUUUGGCAAGGAAUUCACUGCUCGUGCUGUUGAGUUACGCAACAAUUGUGGAGUCAAUCAUUUGUUAAUGCAAAAGCUUUCCACAAGGCAGCCCACUUUGGAGAGUAGAAUGGAGGUCCUGAAAGCCAUUGCUUCUGAGAAUGGGAUUGUAUUGCAAAUUGACAACCAUCCUCCGUCCAAUGAGGAAAAACUAACCAGAAACACAAGGCAAAACCAGCCAGAGCCACGAAGUGAAGUGGUAGAGAAUUUGCAAUUCUCCACUGAAGUCGCAUCUGGUUCUAAACAGAAGUACAAAGAUGUGGCUGAUGCAGCGCAAGCCGCUUUCGAAUCCGCAGCUCAAGCAGCUGCUGCAGCUCGAGCUGCCAUGGAGCUCUCCCGCUCCCAUGAUGGUCCAAGCAGCCCGAAAAGCCCUGGUUCUGGAACAACUCCACAUGAUAAACAAGAGUUAGAGAAAGCAGAAGUUGAAUCUAAACCAAACCCAGAAACCGAAAAUCGAAAUCGAAGAGGAGGAGGAGGAGGAGAAGAAGAAGAAGAAGAAGAAGAAGGGAACAAAAUGAGAGGAGAUGAAAUGGAUGAGGAGAGAGGUUCAAAAGUCAAAAAUGGGUUGAACGUGGAAAGGAAGGUAGAGAAGACAGAGGUAAGUGAGAAGGGAAGCUUCCGUUUAAAUCUGGAGAAGAAGCCAAUUUCAGUGAGAACAAGAAGAGUGCGAGGACACUGAAGAACAUAUGUAGUUCCCAAUGAAAGUGCAGAUUGUCUUAUUAUAAUUUGACAUGUCUAAAUUUUAUUAUUUAAAAUAUUUUAAUUAUUUUUUUUAUGUGAGUAUAGAAAUAAGUAUAUUAAGAUGCCCUCGAAUAUUACUUUCGUAAUUGGGUUUGGUUUUGGAUUCUUUUUAUAUUUUAUUUUAUUUUUUGGUGUGGAAAGAUCAUGGAAGCUAUGUAAUUAUGUGGUUUGGAAAUUUUGGUAAUGUACGGAAAAUGCAACAUUUUUGGUUGUUAGACAA